ACAAAAAUUGACCUCAAAUGUUCCACAUGCCGAAACGUGCUUGUUAUGUGUGAAUAUAACGAUGCAGUUCUGCUCAUUACGGAGGAACAAUGGCAACACAUCAAAGGAAAGCCGGAAGAAAUCCACACAGACAUACCGGAUGACGGACUGAUUGAGCGGGCACGCAUGGCAGAGGAGUCCAGAAAACUGAAAGCGCACUGGAGCAACACCCUUGAAGUAAACAUGCGUAAAAAAGCCCUUAUGAAACGUCAAACGAAAGAUAAACUGGAACACGAAGCGGUAAAACUCGAAGAAGAAUGCGAGCGAGGUGCCGAAGACAGAGCUCGAGAGGUCAUACAAUACGCUCAACGACUAGCCGUGAAAAACACUGAAGAAAUGAGGAAUUUUCAGAAAGCGUUAUCACUUGCGGAAGCGGCAACGUAUUGGAAAGCUCAGUGCGAACAUAAUCAAAGCCUGCGUGAAAAACGACAAGAAAUGGAACGCCAUCAAGCCUUGACAAUUUGUCGGCCGGAAAAUGAGCACUCGCAACUCAAAGCGGCACCGUUCUCUAAUAAAAAAAUCGAAAAAUCGGAAAAUCACAAAAAUGGCAGGAUAGCAUACCUGCAUGAACGCGCAGAAUAUAUGAAAGAGUAUAAUGAUAAACUUCGAGCCGAAGACGCAGAAACUGAGGAAGAUCACAAUGCACGGAAAUGCAGUCUUCGGCAGGAUUACGCUACAGAAUUAGACAUUAGACAGGCUGCAGCACAGCAAACCAUGGAACAAGACCAACUGGAAAAUCAAAUCAGAAAAAAUUAUAUUCAAAUGAAACUGGAAAGAGCGAUAAACUUGCGAAACGACGAUACGGAAUGCCAAAAUCAAAUGCGUAACGAAAAGGUCACAGCUGCAACCACCUUUGAAUCAACAGAUGCCCGUUUAAACGCAGUGAUCGAUACGCUCGUCCGAAAAGGAGUGCAGAAACAGGAGGAAAUCGAAGCGCAAAGAGAUCAAGAGAAACAAAACAGAACCAAUCUGGCUUAUGAGCUUGCGUCAUUUAAUAAGCAGCUAGCGACUGAACGCCAAAUUGGAGAAAAAAGAGAUCUAAAGCGAGAAAAUUCUGAAUAUCAAAAGAUGCUUGAAACCAAAGCAAAACCCUCAAACGCACCAAAUUCGUCUGAUGCCGAAGUGAAAGCACACCAAACAAAGGAAUUGCUAGAGUUCUGGGACGAGCAAAAGAGAGUUUCCGUUCACCAGCGAGAGGACGAGAAAACAAGAGACGCUAAAACUGCUGAAAAGGAAAUACAGAGAGAAAAGGUUCGCACAGAAAAGAUUCUCGAAACUAUGGACCGCGAAAUCGAAAAGCGACGAAUAUUAGGGUGGAACAUCGCACCAAUGUUGCGAGCAAAACAACAAUUUGAAGACGGCAGUCUACCGUGAUUUCGCAAUGGUUAUGGUCUGUGAACCACAUUUAAAGCGUUUGAAAUUCUGUGAAACACCGUUAACGGACUUCAAUGUAAAUUACUGGGGUUCACAUUUUUCGGAAUUGUUAACUUGUUUAAUACUGCUUUCAAGAUUAAAACAUCAACA